CAACGAACAAAGCAAAUAAACAAGCAGCGCAAUGCUCCACCCUUUGAAGAGGUUCUUACCCAGCCAAUGCGCAGUUUGUGUGCCUCUACCGAAGUAAAAGAGUCUUGUUUGCCAAAGCAAAAUGCAGAGAACCAUGACGCGUUCCUCGAUAUAUUUAGUCUUACACAACAAACCCAGCCGAUGAUAGAUUCAUCCGAUAGUGGUUCAUUGUUUGCACCAGUUGAAGGUAUGGGUCAUACAGACUUGUCAGACAAUACUCGUGUAAGUCACACUACUCAAAAACGUGAAUCAAAACCUAUGUCAAAAUUACUUCGGAAAACUUCGAAAAGGAUUAAGCGUGCUGCAUGUCUGCCGCCUCUCCCACCAGUCACGCGAACUAACGUUUUGACGCGUGAUAGUCCAGAAGCUGUUUUUCAUAGCGCUCUUUCUUCACAUAACUCUGUGUCACUGAAAAGGUCAUCUGAUUCACCUUUUGCAGAUGGGAAAAACAGGAAACAAUGUCGAAGAGAAUCGAAUUGUUCUGUUUUGUCUGGUCACGGGUUGGUUACGAAAACGCACGAGGUUUUAUGUCAUGUACAACCCUCAGAGAAUACAUGUAUCAACACUAAAAGCCUUAGCAGUCUCUUCAACCAGGAGGGAACCAAAAGUAAGUUGGAUAUAGAACCAAUUGGUCCCUAUAAACCAACGUCAGCUUGCAAUCUAAAGAAACGUUCUCACUCGUUCAGUGGGUCUUUGUCUCAUACCUCGUCAGUACUAGCUGGUAAACGCUUGCUUCAAAAGUAUCGUAGCAGACCUCACCGUCUGUCAACGAUUCAGCAUAGUAUUUCUGCCAAAAGUCCUGGUUGGUCUCGUUGGCGCCAAAUGUGUCACGAACUGAGACGUCGAAGUUCGUCAUUGCGAAUAACAUUCCACAGGUCAUCUAGUUUGGUUGGUAAAAUUGGAUCAAAAGCUUCUGAACCACACAAAAGUCACAAGAAACGUACUAUUAGAGAUUUCUCUAGACGUUCCUCCCUUUCCAGUCUCGGCAUUUCUUUACCUAAAUGGGGACGUAGUGUUAAUCGAAGCAGACGUAGGACCAGUGAGAAAACAGUUGAAACUCCUUUGCAUCAUAGUAAGCAAGAAGAUAUAUCUGAUAUUUCACCUAAUAUCGUCCAAGAACAAAGUACAACAUCAAACAAAUCUCAAGAUGGUUUCAGUCCAGUAUUGCGUUUAACAAAAGCAGAUUGUCCUAAAGAAACGUGUCAUUUCAUUAUGCCUUUGCGACGUCUGAUUUCUCGUGACUACUUUCAUUCGAAGUCAUUGCGCUCUCGUCUUCGUUCUUCUCUGCGUCAAAAUGAAGCUGUUGUUUCUCCUAUCAUUCCGGUUAAAUCACCACAUGGUUACUCUGCUUAUAAAUGUGAUUUGGACUCACCUGAACCUCGUGGACAACUAAACGGAUCUAACAUCUCCAAUACAUCAUAUUCAGCAGUAGAUUCCUGUGAAAUUUAUUGUCAGCCUUUACAUUGUAGUGCUUGUGGUGAGACGCUAGUAUUACAUACAGAUAUCAAUAGUGCAAAUAUGAUAUCGCCAGGACCACAGUUUUCGGAAUUGCUACUCCGUCCACCUGUCUCCAUUCUCUCGAGCUCUAUGUCUUCCUCAUAUUGGCAGGCUGAAGAUCCAGGAGAUACAAUCUUUACGGAUACUCAUCUAGAUGCUCUGGUUGAGGUGAAUCGACGUUACAUAUCAGAAUCUGAUGGAGAUUGCAAUCUAAAGCAUUCUAGUGUAUCUCUUCCCAGAAAUUCAUAUAGAUCGUGCCUCCAAACCAAUUCGAGAGACAAUGCACUUAGUCACUGUGAAUUUCAAUCUAGUGUUAAGGUUCCAAAUUUAGUUGAACCGUCACUGAAACCUUACAACUCACCUACAUUACCUUCAAAUAGUUCUUACAGUAAUGCUCAACCAAAUAAAUCGGGAGAAAUACAUGGUGAAAACAUAGCGAACAGUGAAUCUCCAACCAAGCAGCACAAUGAUUUCUCUGGGUUUCCCGAUCAUUCUACUUUUUCCACUUUUCAAGGUAGCAGCAGUGAGAUUAUGCCAACCGUGGAUCGGGAGCGUUUGCGCCACGAAUGUGAAGAGUUGGAAGCCGUAGUCGCAGCUUUACAGAAGCAGUUGGAGGCUCAAGCUGACGAACUCAGUCCUGAAUCAACUGCUGAGAUCCUUAAAUCAGCCUGCACAGAACCUUUGGAUGAUGCCCCUGUUAGUGUAACAUCAUUUACUGAAUGCGUUCCACAGCAGAAUCACAAUGAAAUACGAAUGUUUCCUGGUAGUGAUGUAAAACAUGUCAUAGUAAGCGUCGAAAAGCUUCAAACUCAUGAACCAAUGGCCAUUCAGUCGUCCCCAAAAUUGUCUCAGGUUUUGGAAACUUGUGCUUCAGAAACGGUUGAUAUUAUUCCGUCCUCUCAAACAGAAGAGGAACCAGAAAAUUAUCAUAUCAACGUAAUGAAUCCACCUAUUGUUUCUCAGCCUACGAUAGCAAGUUCGAAGCCUGAGCAGUCAAACCAAAAUGAAUGGAGAAAUACAACCAGUCCUCUGAAUAAUUCUAUUUGUGACUUCAUCCCUGGUUCAUUAUCCUCAUCUACACAAAAUGUUCGUGAUCCCAUUUCAUCGACUCAAAAUCCAAUGAGUAAUAUAACCCAGUGUCCAGAAACAAACUGGAGUUCAUGUAACACACUCGUAGAUGAAAACUGGCCCCCAAAGUUUUCUGAUAAAUGUCAGCGAAAUAUUGCUGUUACGGGUUCCAAUUUAUCACCUUCUGAUACUGCUUUACUGCGUAAAUUUUGUUUACAAUUCAGUGUUUCGGAACAUAGUCGUUUCAUUCCUCAAAAGACAACUCAUGUAGUGAUUAAAGAAGAAGCAGGUCGUCCUCGUGUAGUUAAACGAACCUUAAAGUAUUUUAUGGGUAUUCUAAAUCGAGCAUGGAUUGUAAAUACUGAUUGGGUUCGUGAAUGCGUGACAUCCAAAAGACUUCUGGAUGAGUCGCCAUAUGAGAUUGAAGGAGAUACAGUUUGUGGCGAUUGUCAUGAGGGUCCUAGACGUGGUAGACUUGGUGUCCCAGCCAUUCCUCAAUCUCUUGAUAGGUUACCUUUCCGAAAUUCCUCCAGCCGAUUGACUGAAGCUGAAUCCAGUGAUCGCCGUCCAUUUUCUGAACUAUGGCUCUGUGCAUAUCGUAAUUUGGGAGCUCUACAUGUGGCUGAUUUUUGUCAGUUGGCAUUAGAUGGAGGUGCUACACGAGUUUUUGAAAAACCUUCGGAAUUAAUGGAUGCAACCAAUAAAUUAACUGAAUCUCUGGGAAUUACAGGUACAGAUGUUCGGAAACCACGUGCUGUAAUUCUUACAGACAAAGAUUCUUCUGAAUUCAAUCUUCAAGAGUGUCAAGAGCUCUAUCGAGUAUAUGGUGUGCCUGUUAUAAGUAUUGAAUGGAUGUUGAACUGUAUUUCAUUAUAUCGUCGUUUACCAAUUAAUCAAGCUUACCGUAUAUGUCCAACUCCUCAACCUGUUUCUGUAUCUAUUUCCAAAUCUUAAUUACUGUGUGUGUAUAUGUGUACACAUAAAAUAAAUUUACCAUCUUUAUAUUAUUAUCAUUUUCUUCUAAUUUUCUUUCUACCUUCCAGUAUAUUUAUCAUAGUCAUUUUUUGUGUAAUAUUUAAUCUGUUCCCUGUUUUUCCAAUUGUUUUACUCACUCCAAGUAUUUGAAAUGAUUAAAACCAAUACAUUAUUUAUUGAGCUCUGUUAGUUCGUAACUUUUGGAUUAUCUGUAAAAAUAAUGAUGAAGAUUUCUUCAUCUCUUGCUUAUAUUUUCAAUGUUGGACACUUUGAAAAAGCUCUUGUUGAAAAUGUUAUGUUUAUCGGGAAGAAGAUAUAUUUGUAAAUUUGUUGG